AUGCCAAAAGCUGCCCUACAGGAUGAUGAGCGACCUACGGAUAUGCCAUCAUUAAAACAGAAAUCGAGUUUGUGUCAAGAUUUUUAUUUAGAAAAUAAAGACAAACAAGCAAUCAGAAGACUGCAGAAGAUUUCCAACCUAAGGGGAGAACUCAGACGCUUGAAAAGUAGAUACAGACAAGCAGAGAAACAAGGUCUGGCAGAACUGAGAGAUGAUGUACGGAAGGAGAUCCAGUGUUUACGGAGAGCAGAGAAUCUGAGCCGGAAGAGACACGAGAGAAGGCGAAAGAGAGCUCAGUUUACUAGCAAUCCAUUUCAGUUUGUGAAGCGUUUGCUCGGAGAAAAGAAAACAGGCGAACUUCAAUGCACAAAAGAGGAGGCAAACAAGUACAUCAAAGAUAUGUACAGUGACAGCGACCGUCACAAGGCACUGGGCGAGUGCGACAAGUUGCUCACACCAGAUGAUCCUGAACAUGACUUUGAUUGCGCAGAACCUAGGUUGCAAGAAGUCAAGGACAUUGUAAGGAAGGCCAGAGCGUCUUCAGCACCAGGACCCAAUGGAGUACCGUACAGAGUAUACAAGAACUGCCCCAAGAUCUUGCUACGGUUGUGGAAGCUUAUAAAGGUUGUUUGGAGGAAAGGAGAGCUUUGCAGAGAAUGGCUGAAGGCAGAGGGAUGUUUUAUUCCUAAAGAAGAGGAUUCGUCAACCCUUGGUCAAUUCAGGACUAUCUCUUUGCUGAACGUGGAAGGGAAGAUAAUCUUCGCUGUCCUUUCAAUAAGAAUGACCUCUUAUUUGCUUCUGAACAAGUACAUAGAUACAGCUGUGCAGAAAGGAGGAGUACCCGGUGUAUCUGGGUGCAUCGAGCAUACCAGUGUCAUCACCCAAAUCAUCAAGGAAGCACGCGAGAACAAAGGAGACAUCGCAAUGUUGCGGCACUAUUUCGACGGCUUCAUCAUGAGAUUUUCAACAAGGGCAAUAACCACUGACUGGCAGAGGCUGGAAGUAGGCAUCGUUACCGGGUGCACAAUUUCAGUGGUGCUGUUCGCAGCAGCCAUGAAUCUGAUAGUGAAGUCAGCGGAGAAGCCAUCCAGAGGACCCAAAAUGACUUCGGGGUGUAUCCAACCACCAACGAGGGCAUUUAUGGACGAUAUGACUAUUACAGCAAAGUCGUACGUCGAGGAAAGGUGGAUGCUGCAAGACAUUGGCGAACUUAUCGAGUGGGCCAGAAUGAAGUUCAAACCCCAGAAAUCAAGGAGCAUGGUUUUGAGGAAAGGAAAGAUUCAAGAGAGUGCAAUAUAUAGAAUCAAAGAUCAGCUCAUCCCUACUGUUAAGGAGCAACCAGUGAAGUGCCUCGGGAAGUGGUUUCGAGACUCACUCAAUGAUCAACAGAGUAUCAAAGACAAGGUAGUGCAAAUGGAGAACUGGUUGAAAGAUGUGGACAAGUGUGGUCUGCCAGGAAAAUUCAAGGCCUGGAUUUACCAACAUGGCAUCCUACCACGCCUAUUGUGGCCGCUGCUGGUGUACAGUGUACCGUCAUCAACAGUGGAAGCAAUGGAGAGGACAAUAAAUUCAUUCCUCAGACGGUGGAUGGGGGUGCCAAAGAGUUUCACCAGCCUCGGUUUGUACUGCACAGGCAGCAAGCUGCAGAUACCUCUCAGAUCACUGACGGAGGAAUACAAGGUCACAAAGGCUCGGAAAGUCAUUAUGCUACGAGACAGUAGAGAUGAGAAGGUUAGAGAAGCAGGAGUGCAGGUCAACACCGGGAGAAAGUGGAGGGCUGACAAGGCAGUUGAAGAGGCUGAGGCUCGUCUUCGGCACAGCGACAUUGUCGGUAAUGUCGCACAUGGGCGACUAGGCUUCGGAUGCGUCACCCGUUCGCAGUGGAGCAAAGCCAGUGCAAAAGACCGACGCACCCAAGUGCAGGAAGAAAUUCGCCGAAUGGAGGAAGAAUCCAGGCUCACCAGAGCUGUUACCCUACGGAAACAGGGAAAAUGGCUGAACUGGGAGGGAGUACCCCAGAGAAAGCUUACAUGGAAUGCGAUCUGGACCAUGGAAAGCGACAGACUUAGUUUCUUGUUCAAGUCUGUCUACGACGUGCUGCCAAGUCCAACAAACCUAGUGACUUGGGGUCUUGCCGAAAAGCCAGAUUGCAAGCUCUGUGGAAGACCAGCGAAUCUGGAGCAUGUCCUGAGCUCAUGCAGGACAGCCCUGUCUGAUGGUCGAUACAGAUGGCGUCACGACAGGGUUCUUGCUUCAAUCGCCGAUCAUCUAGAUCAAGCACGAAAAGCGCAGAAGACGACCAACAAAGGCCCCUCAUUCAUUUUCUUUGUCAGAGCCGGAGAAGAAGGGGCAAAGGCCUAA